GCCCGUGACCGACCUGCGCGAGCUGCGGCGGCGGCCGGGCGACGUGCGGACCAGGAUGGAGCUGCUGAUCCUCGAGACGCAGGCCCAGGUGUGCCGCGCGCUGGCGCAGGUGGACGGCGGCGCCAGCUUCUGCGUGGACCGCUGGGAGCGGAAGGAAGGAGGCGGCGGCAUCAGCUGUGUACUUCAGGAUGGACAUGUUUUUGAAAAAGCUGGGGUGAGCAUUUCUGUUGUUCAUGGGACUCUUUCUGAAGAAGCAGCAAAACAGAUGAGAAGCAGAGGAAAAGUUCUGAAGACUAAAGAUGGUAAAUUGCCAUUUUCUGCUAUGGGUGUGAGCUCUGUUAUCCAUCCCAAGAAUCCUCAUGCUCCUACUAUCCAUUUCAACUACAGAUAUUUUGAAGUAGAGGAAGCUGAUGGUAACAAGCAGUGGUGGUUUGGUGGUGGAUGUGACCUCACACCAACCUACUUAAAUCAAGAAGAUGCUGUCCAUUUUCAUCGAACUCUAAAGGAGGCUUGUGACCAACAUGGUCCAGAUCUCUACCCCAAAUUUAAAAAAUGGUGUGAUGACUACUUUUUUAUAACCCAUCGUGGGGAGCGGAGGGGCAUCGGUGGCAUCUUUUUUGAUGACCUUGACUCGCCGUCCAAGGAGGAGGUGUUCCGCUUCGUGCAGAGCUGUGCCCAGGCUGUGGUGCCCUCUUACAUUCCCCUUGUAAAAAAGCACUGUGAGGACUCAUUCACACCCCAGGAGAAGCUGUGGCAGCAGCUCAGACGAGGACGAUAUGUAGAAUUUAAUCUGCUAUAUGAUCGAGGAACAAAGUUUGGCCUGUUUACUCCAGGAUCUAGGAUUGAAAGCAUCUUGAUGUCUUUACCUCUGACUGCCAGAUGGGAGUACAUGCAUUCACCCUCAGAGAAUUCUAAAGAAGCUGAAAUUCUGGACGUUCUGCGCCAUCCUAGGGACUGGGUGCCUUGAUGCAGGCAGAGCGCUGUGUGGGGUUUGGAGGACACUGUUGCCGCUGUGUGGCUGUUAGUUCUCUGUGCCUCAGUGCUCUGGUCCUGCCCUCUGGCCCCCUCUUGCCCUGUCCUCUGGUAAGAUGUUCUGGAUGCUUUUAGUGAUGUGUCAUGGGAUGGCAGGUUUUCAGAGUUAGUUAAUGUGGAAUUCAUAUUUUUAGAAUCAUUUCAUAGGACUAGUUUACAGAAUUUGACAUUGUUUCCAAGUUAUCAACAUAAGGGAAUAUAAAGGCUAUAAUGUGUACCUGGAAACUCAUCAUUUCACUUUUUUAUUUUUUAAAGUUUUAGUUUCUGGCACAGAAAUCCGUCAUGGGAUAUGUUUUACCUUUAUUAAUGCAGUGAAGUUGAGACUUCUUGGCAAUUUUAGAAAGGAAUUUCAAGGUAAAAUUUGUACUUUUUCUUUUUUUUUUUUUUUUUUUUUCUCCGGUACUGGGAACCGAACUCACAACCUUGCGCUUG